AUGCACCAAAAGUGCAACCACAACAACUGUACCCACAACUGCUCUACCCACAACAACAACUGCUUCACCCACAACAACUGCACCCACAACAAUUGCUGCUGCACCAACAACAACAACUGCUGUACCCACAACAAACACUGCACCCACAAGUACUACUGCUACACCCACAAUGACUGCACCUACGAGAACUGCUGCACCCACAACUACUGCUUCACCCACAACUGCUGCACACAAAACUGUAACCACAACUACUGUUGCACCCACAACUACUGCUGCAACAACAACAAUAACUGCACCCUCAACAACUGCUGCACCCACAGCAACAACAACUGCUGCACCCACAACAACCACUACACCCACAACUACUGCUGCACCCACAACUGCAUCUACAACUACUGCACAAACAAUAACUGUUGCACCCACAUCUACUGCUGCACCCACAGCAACAACUGCUACAUCAAUAAAAACUGCUGCACCCACAACUACAGCUGCAACCACAACUGUACCCACAACUGCUCUACCCACAACAACAACAACAACAACUGCUUCAACCACAACUGCUUCACCCACAACAACAACAACUGUACCCACAACAACUGCACCCACAACUGCUGUACCCACAACAACCACUGCACCCACAACUGCACUGACAGUAACUGUUACACCCACAACAACAACUACUGCUGCUGCACCAACUACUGCUGCACCCACAACAUCUACUGCUGCACCCACAACUGCACCCUCAACUGCUGCACCCACAACUACUGCUGCAACCACAACUGCACCCACAACUACUGCUGCACCCUCAACGACUGCUGCACCCACAACUACUGCACUCACAACUACUGCUGCUCCCACAACUACUGCUGCACCCACAACUGCACCUACAACUGCUGCACCCACAACAACAACAGCGCCCACAACAUCUGCCUCACCCAUAACAACCCCUGCACCCACAUCAAAUACUGCUGCACCCAAAACAACUGCACCUACAACUGCCACACCCACAACUUCUGCACCAACAACUACUGCUGCACCCACAGCAAGUGCUGCUGCUGUUGCAAUAACAACAUCUGCUGCACACACAGAAAGUACUGCUGCAACAACAUCUGCUUCAACCAUAACUACUGCAGGAACCACAACUGCACCCACAACAACAACAGCUGCACCCACAACAGUUCAACUGCUACACCCACAACAACUACUGCUGCACCAACUACUGCUGCACCUAAAACAUCUACUGCUGCACCCACAACUGCACCCUCAACAACUGCUGCACCUACAACUACUGCUGCACCCACAACUACUGCACUCACAACUACUGCUGCUCCCACAACUACUGCUGCACCCACAACUGCACCUACAACUGCUGCACCCACAACAACAACAGCGCCCACAACAUCUGCCUCACCCAUAACAACCCCUGCACCCACAUCAAAUACUGCUGCACCCAAAACAACUGCACCUACAACUGCCACACCCACAACUUCUGCACCAACAACUACUGCUGCACCCACAGCAAGUGCUGCUGCUGUUGCAAUAACAACAUCUGCUGCACACACAGAAAGUACUGCUGCAACAACAUCUGCUUCAACCAUAACUACUGCAGGAACCACAACUGCACCCACAACAACAACAGCUGCACCCACAACAGUUGUACCCACUACAACAGCUGCACCUACAACCACUGAACCCACAACUGCACCGACAGCAACUGCUACACCCACAACAACUACUGCUGCACCAACUACUGCUGCACCUAAAACAUCUACUGCUGCACCCACAACUGCACCCUCAACAACUGCUGCACCUACAACUACUGCUGCACCCACAACUGCUGCACCCUCAACAACAGCACCAACAAUGUCUGCUGCACCCACAAUAACCACUGCACCCCCAUCAACUACUGCUGCACCCACAACAACUGCACCUACAACUGCCACACCCACAACAACUUCUGCACCCACAACUGCUGCUGCACCCAUAGCAAGUACUGCUGCUGCACCCACAACAGCUGCACCCACAACAGCUGCACCCACAAAAACAAAUGCACACACUACAACAGCUGCACCCACAGCAACAACUGCACUCACAACUGCUGCACUCACAACAACUGCUGCACCCACAACAACUACUGCACCCACAAGAACCACUGAACCCACAAGAACCACUGAACCCACAACAACCACUGCACCCACAACAACUACUGCACCCACAACAACUGCUGCUGCACCCACAACUGCUGCUGCACUCACAACUGCAUCUAUAACAACUGCUGCACCCACAACUACUGCUGCACCAACUACUGCUGCAUCCGCAACAUCUACUGCUGUACCCACAGCAAGUACUGCUGCACCAACAACUGCUGCAACCACAACAACUUCACCCACAACUGCUGCACCCACAACAACUGCUGAAACCACAAAAACAAUAACAACAACAGUACCUACAACUGCUGCUGCACCAACUACUACUGCUGCACCCAUAACAACUACUGCUACACCCACAACUACUACUGUACCCACUACUGCUGCACCCACAUCUACUGCUGCACCAACAACUGCACCCACAACUACUGCUGUCCCAACAACUGCACCCACAACAACUGCUAUUGCACCCACUACUGCUGCUGCACCCACAACAACUGCUGCACCCACAACUGUUGCGCCCAAAACAACUGCGCUGCCCACAACAACUUCUACCCCCACAUUAUCUCCUACACCAACAACUGCUGCACCCACAUCAACUGCUACAAACGCUACUUUUGUAAACUUCAACUACACAAUCAUAAAUAUGAAGUUUGAUUCAAGACUUUUAAACUGGACAGACCCAUACACCAUUAUGCUGAGGAACGAGACUGAAACACUGGGCCUGCAAGUGAUAAAACGGGAUUUCCCCUUGUGUCAGUAUGUGAUUACAACUGCGUUCUUCUACGACAACUGCUGCACCCUCAACAACAUCUGCUGCACCCACAACAACCGCUCCACCCACAACCACUGCAUAUACAACUGCUGCACCCACAGCAGCAACAUCUGCUGCACCCACAACCACUAUUGCUGCACCCACAACUGCUACAUCCACAACUACUGCUACAACCUCAAAAACUGCUGCACCCACAACAACUGCUACACCCACAACAACAACUUCUACACCCACAACAACUACUGCUGCACCCACAACUACUGCUGCAACCACAACUGCUGCAACUUCAACAACUGCUGCAGCACUCACAACUGCAACCAUAGCAACAACUGCUGCACCCACAACUACUGCUGCACUUACAACAUCUACUGCUGCACCCACAGCAAGUACUGCUGCACCCACAACUACUGCUGCAACCACAACUGCAUCCACAGCUGCUGCACCCACAUCUACUGCUGCACUGACAGCAAGUACUGCUGCAACCACAACUGCACCCACAACUACUGCUGUACCCUCAACAACUGCUUCACUCACAACUGCUGCGCCAACAACAACUGCACCCACAACUUCACCCACAACUGCUGCACCCACAAUAACAACUGCUGCACCCACAACUGCUGUUGCACUAACUACUACUGUUGCACCCACAACAACUGCUGCUCCAACAAUUGCACCCACAACAACUGCACCCAUAACAACUACUGCACCCACAACAACCGCUGCACCCACAAGAGCAACAUCUGUUGCACCCACAACAACCGCUGCACCCACAACAACCGCUGCACCCACAACUGGUGCAUCCACAACAACAACUACUGCUGCACACACAACUGCUGA